AUGAAAACUGGAACAGACAGUGAACUCAAGGACACGGCCAACACAAAAGCGUCCCAGCUCGAUGCAGAGGAAACCAAGACUCCGCCAUUUAGUAAUUAUCGACGCAUUCUAGCAUUUGGUACACGCAUUGAACAUGCCGGCAUCCUCGUUGCCAUUGCCUGUGCGGCGGCCUCGGGAGUGGCGUUUCCGUUGAUGAACAUUGUGUUCGGAAACCUCACAGCUGACUUCACGGAAUACUUUCUUCCUGGUAACAAUGUCACGGAGCAGCAGUUCAAGCACCAAGUAUCACAAGCCACACUCUACAUCGUCUACCUCUUUAUUGGCAAAUUCUUCCUCAGCUAUGUUUCGCUUUUCUGCUUCCGCACUACAGGACUUCGCAUUUCAGCAGCACUACGAUUGGCAUACAUGCAAAGUCUAUUCUCUCAACCCAUCAGAAAGCUCGAUCAAGUAUCUGCUGGUACAGUCACCAGCACUAUCACAACUGCCUCCAACACUAUUCAGGUGAGCAUAUCGGAUAGGUUACACCUACUGUUUCAGUCAUUGUCCUUGAUGAUCAGUGCCUAUGCAAUAGCAUUCCGGUACUCCUGGGCACUCACACUAGCUACAAGCUCUGCCUUGCUGUUUAUGCUUUGUGUCUUUGGAGUGACGGCGCCACGUCUACUCAAGCUUGAGAAGCAGAUGGGCGAGACAGAUGCCAAACAUGCCACUGUUGCUGCCGAGGUCAUAAGCUCGAUUAGGACUGUCUUCUCCCUAGGAGCACAAGUCAGACUGACACAGAAGCACUCAAAAUGGGUUGAGGAGGCACAUAAACAAGGGUUGAAACAGGCACCGUGGUUCGCAUCACAGAUGGCUUUCAUGUUCUUCGCACUUUACGCAGUGUAUGCCCUGGCAUUCUGGUUCGGCCUCAAGCUGUUCAGAGAAGGCCACAUCGGCAACGUUGGCACAGUCAUCAUGUAA